AGGAAUCUGAAUGGUUGCAAACUGCUCUUAACAAGUGGUUGGAUGAUGAAUAUUGUCCAGAGAAAACAAAUAUUGAGAUUAGCAAAGUUGCUGCCAGUUCAUUCUAUAGAUCAUUACUGGAGAAUAAAACUGAUAUAGGUGAGAUACUGUUAAAGAUGGCUGAAGAUUUGGAAUCCAUAUCUUAUCAAGAAAGCUUUCAUGGAGCAUUCUCAUCAGCAAAUGCAGCAGUGAGUCUCAUAAUCCAACGGCUUGAACAAAACUAAUCGUAUGGCCUCCGUAUAAAAUUUGGAGCUCUCGACUUCCUGUCCCAGAUGCCUUAAUUUUUCUUUGAGAUUCACUUUAGAAUUUUCCCUUUAAUAGUGUGUAGUACAUUAAAAUUACGAGCAACAUGAAAAGCAAAAAAAAAAAAAAAAGGUUAAAAAGGCCUAUGGCU